AUAAAUAACCAGACGAUGAGGCAUGAACAAGCUCAUACUCCCACGGCUCUUGGUAGCCAAGAAAUCAGUGAGAUAAGAGACUCACAUACGCACACUCUCUUACUAACUAGGCACAACAGAGAGAGAGAGAGAGAGAUGGGUUCGAUAUGGGAAUCGAAGCCUCACGCCGUGAUGAUUCCAUAUCCAGCUCAAGGGCAUGUGAACCCAAUGAUGAAGCUAGCCAAGAUUCUUCACUCAAGAGGCUUCCACAUCACCUUCGUCAACUCUGAGUUCAACCACAAGCGCCUCCUCCGUAGCAGAGGUCCUCACGCCGUCGACGGCCUCCCGGACUUCCGUUACGAGACCAUCCCCGACGGCCUCCCUCCCUCCGACGCCGACGCCACCCAGCACAUCCCUUCUCUCUGCAAGUCCACCAGCACCACUUGCUUCGACCCCUUUCUCAAUCUUCUGCGUCGCCUUCAGACCUACGCCUCCGCCUGCCACGUCCCUCCGGUCACCUGUGUUGUCUCCGACGGCGUCAUGACCUUUGCCGUCAAAGCUGCCAAUGUUCUGGGAAUUCCCAGUGUGUUGUUUUGGACUGCAAGUGCAUGUGGCUUUGUUGGGUAUGCCCAGUAUCGCUAUCUGGUUGAUCAAGGCCUCGUUCCACUUAAAGAUGAGAGUGAUAUAACAAAUGGAUUCUUGGAGACCAAGGUGGAUUGGGUCCCAGGAAUCGACAACCUGAGAUUACGGGACAUCCCAAGCUUCAUCAGAACCACAGACCCAGACGACAUCAUGCUCAACUACUUCAUCGGAGAAGUCGAAACAGCUCACAAAGCUUCCAUCAUCGUCAUCAACACCUUCGACGAAUUCGAACAACGCCCUCUGCAAUAUCUCUCCUCCGUCUACGCUCCUCCGAUCUUCACCGUCGGUCCUCUCCCUCUCAUCCUAGAACAAACCCCUCAGAACCACCACAAGCUCAUGUCAUCCAUCGGUUCUAACCUCUGGAAAGAAGACACUCACUGCCUCCCAUGGCUCGAUUCUCAGGAACCCGGCUCCGUCUUCUACGUAAACUACGGCAGCAUCACCACCAUGACCUCUGACGAGCUCGCCGAGUUCGCGUGGGGCCUCGCCGACAGCAAGUGCCGUUUCCUGUGGGUGGUCCGACCGGACCUCGUCGACGAGGGCGGGUCGGUGAUAUCCUCAGAUGAGUUUAGGGAAGAGACUGAGGGAAGAGGGCUCAUAGUGAGCUGGUGCUCGCAGGAGGAGGUGCUGAACCACCCAGCGGUCGGAGGGUUUCUGACGCAUUGCGGAUGGAACUCCACGACAGAGAGUGUCUGCGCCGGGAAGCCGGUGGUUUGCUGGCCGUUUUUCGCGGAGCAACAGACGAACUGUCGGUAUGCGUGUGUGGAAUGGGGGACGGGGAUGGAGGUGGGGCCGGUGGUGAAGAGGGACGAGGUGAGGAGGAUGGUGGUGGAGGUGAUGGAGGGGUCGUCGGAGAAGGGUAAGGAGAUGAAGCAGAAGGCUUUGGAGUGGAAGAGGAAGGCAGAGGAAGCCACUAUGCCCGGUGGUUCUUCUCAUCGGAAUCUAGAAAAGGUGCUUGAGUUUGUGCUCAGGAACUUCAGGCCGACUUAAGGGAGUGUUUGUUUGUAACGUAACUUUUUACUUGAAUUAUUUGGCUCUCCAGGUUUUUCAAUCCUAACUUGUUCAAGUGUUCACAAAUUUGGCUUGUGUUUGUUGUACUUGUGGAUCAUUUUAUCUGGAGAGAAUAUUACAAACAUGUUAAUGACUUUAUGUCAUGUUGGUAUCUUUGAAUAAGAAGUUACGUUAUAUUUUUGUU